AUGUCUCGAUCAACAAUAGAUAUGUCUUCGAAACGUCCAAAAAAGCAAUUGACACCAGAAGAAAAAUAUAUCGUACGAGCAAAAGCACGUCGACAAUUUAAGGCUGGUUUUCAUAGAACCGUGGCACAUUUAAGAUGGUUGAUUCCAGAAAAAAAACCGAUUGUGAGCUCACAUGAUCUGAAUUUAUUUUCCUUCGAUGAUAAAUGUUUACUAAUGAAACCUAUUGAUGAUCGAACUCAAGAAGAUAAUGAUCAGUUAAUCAAAUUAAUUUGUAACACAAAAAUGCUUAAGCAUUAUCCAAUGUCUGUAAGAAAUGGUCUUGCUUGUGUAACAUAUUUGUGUUGUUUUGGACCUGAACGAAUCAUCUCCAAACAAAACAGGCCAGCAACAGUGUAUUAUUUUUUACUUGAUGGUAAAAUCCGUGAAACAUACGAAACAAUGGAUCCUUUGUUAAAUGAAUUAGUAAUUGAAGAAAAGGGAAUAUUUGGACCGGGUUAUGGUUAUGGUGAUAUCAGCAUAUUAAAUAAAACACCUCGAAUUUCUACUAAAACUACUUUAACUGAUGUUAUGUUAUUAUGUGUAAACAAAAAUGAUUUCGAAAAUGUAUUAAAACAAACAGUCCAAGAAAUGUGGGAUGAAAUUAGGGAACAAUUUGAGAUAAUACCAUAUUUUCAACAAUAUAAUCAAAAGGAAAUCGGCGAAUUACUUAUUAUCUCAAGAAUAUUAUAUUUUGAGCCUGAUGAAAUUCUAUUAGGAGAUCAAAAAGGAUUUAAAAAUUUUACAUACAUAAUAUUAGACGGGACUUGUCGAAUGAUUGAAAAUUUAGAAGUAAUUCCUUGUCGAACAAUUUUAUCAACCACAUAUACUUUACAUAAACCAACAGACUCAACAUCAGUCAUUGCCGGGAAUAUAGUUUCAACAGGAACACUUAAUCCAUCUUAUCCAUCAGGUUCAGCCAUUCCUCUUAAGAAAAACGACAAACGUACUGUUUCUAAAGAAAAAAAGCAUCAAUCUUUCAAUGAUACACCAGAUGUUUCGAAAGACACCAUCAUUGAAACCACUGUAAAUUCUAGUAAAACAACUAGUUUAUAUCAAUCAAAAGGUUCAUUUCAUCGAGGGUCAUCGUAUUUUCCAGCGGUAGCGCCACCAAAUGUUGAGACACAUUAUAUGCAGCUUUGUACAAUGAAAUAUGGUAGUACAUUUAAUGUUGGUGAAAAUUUAAAAAAUCGUCGUAUCGUUGCAAUAACAGCCGUAAAAUGUUUAAUCGUACCAAAAUAUUGGAUAUUAACACAUGAUAAAGAUAAAACAUGGAUAUCGUUAUGUCAAUUAUUAGAUCGUCACAUACCCAGCACCAAACAGAUAUUUAAAGAAUUUAAAAAUCAGCAUAAAUGGUUAGAGUAUCGUAAAACGUUACAGGAUGAUGUGUUGUCAGCCCAUUACUAUCCAAGUUACAAUACUGUUCAUAAUAUUCCACCAUAUUAUCGUGUGGAAUAUCAAGUACCCAAGGAUUGAUUUAGUUUAGUCAUUGAAUUGUAUUUUUUUUGAGUGGUUAGGUUUUAAUAUUGUAAAAAAAAAAAAAUACAAAAACAUAAACAAAAUGGAAAAGCCAUAUAUUAAGUAUGUUCAAAUUAUUUGCUGUAAGACGAGGAUCGUUUGGACAGAGAUGUCGA